UAUUUUUAUUAUUUAUCUAAACAAACAUUAGUUUUAAUUCAUUCUAUUCAAGUUUUAUUAUUUAAUAUAUUUAAUAACAAUAUUAAAUAAUAGCCUAUUAGUCUCUAUUUCGCAUUGACUUUUUUAAUAAACGGCGUUUGUUGUAAAUAUCAAAUAAUUAAAUACAAAAACAACAUUUAACCUACAAUUUGUGAGGAUCGUUUGUUGUUGACACAUCUGUCAACAACUUUUGUAUAAUUAUUUUGACAACUCGGUAAUAACGUGAAAGAAAAAAACAAAAAACAAAAAUGGAACAAUUACAAAAUUCAUUGAUAGCAAUAAAAGUGUUACGUUCAAGUGUCGGUCAAGUUUUUGAUUCUCUUGGUAAUGGUUUACGUGCUGAUCAUGGUGAAGAAAAUAGAGAAGAAAAAUAUAUUGCUGAACUUCAAGAAUUAUUUACAACAAUAAGUUCAAAUAUAAGAGAUGUUGAACAAGCAGUAAGUCAAUUAAAUCCACCACCAGGACCAUUUAAUUUAUCCAGUACAAGUCAUUUAAGCCAAGAAACAACACAAGAACGUCAAGCAUUAUAUAGUACCCUCGUAAAUUCCUACAAAUGGACAGAUAAAGUACACGAAUAUAGUAAUGCCAUUCAAGCAAUUGUAACUAAAAAUUCAUUAAAAAGAACCUACACCACUGGAUCAAGUAGAUCAAAACGAGGAAAACCACAAGCAAGUAUUCACACUGUAUCACAACAACAAGUUGAAUCUAUGGUGGCAGUGUUUGAUCGUCUGUAUCAUUAUAUGUCUGUGACAGUGUCACGUCCAAUAACAUCAAUAGCAGUGAUGCAAGUAACUGUUGGUCAUGUACUUAAAGCAGUUGUUGGUUUUAGAGGAUUAUUAAUUGAACGAGUUGUUGUCAAAGGUUACAAUGAAACAAUUGAUCUAUGGUCAGAAUCAAGAUACAAAGUAUUUCGUAAAGUAACUGACAAUGCACAUGCAGCAAUAUUACAUUUUCAUGCACCACAAUUUCCUGAAUUAGCUGUUAAAUCUUUCAUGUUGUGGAUUGGAAGUUAUUUAAAUUUAUUCAGUGAACCAUGUAAACGUUGUGGUUUACAUUUACACAGUGCAUUACCACCAACAUGGCAUGAUUUUCGUACACUUGAGCCUUUUCAUUAUGAAUGUAAAUCUUAAUUAUUUUUUAAAAAUUAAUAUGCAAUAAUAAUAAACACAUUGGUAAUGUUAUUUAUAUAAGUCAUCUUUAUUCAUUGAAUAACAAAAUUGACGAUAGUAUAAAGUUGAAGGAUUGGGAUAUUUUUUUUUUUUGUUUAUCAAGCAGAUAAUUGUGAUAACAGACGAUUUCCUACUCGAUUAGCAUAAAAAGUUAAUUUAUUUUUUUCUUUGAUAUUAGAUUUUUAGUAAUUUUUUUUUUUGUGGCAAUUUUAAUUAAAUGUUAUGGAAGUUGGUGUACCACUGAACAUUAGCAAAUUAGAUUAAUUAAAAUUUUCACAUUCGAACUUUAAAUUGUUUACUUUUUUUUUUUUAUAGUGUUAUUAUUAUCACUGAUUUUACUACAAGCUGGCUUAGAGAUUUAUUUAUCUUUGAAUAAAUUUUUUUUUAAAUUUCUAUUGCAGUUGCACUGUACACAAUUGUUUCUAUAAAUUAGCAUUCUAAAUUAGCAUCUAUUUUAUUUUUAAUCACAGAGCUUUAUAUGGAUUGAAAAUGUGUUUUUUUUUUUAAAUAAUUUUAUUUUUAUACUCCUUGAAAUUCAUUCAUUUUAUCUACAACAUUCACUCAUUAUAUUAUUGGAAAUAAUAAUUGAGAUUUA